AUGGACGCCUCUUCUCAAGGAUCCGUUACAAAGUCUUCGUCAAAAUUGGACAAAGAAACCCAAGGUGAAGAUGCAGAAAGUUGUUCUAGCAAAGAUCACCCAAUCAGCGAGAAAACGUCAAAACAGUCUACAAGCACUUCUGAUCAGAAAGGUAAGCUUAUAACAGGACCUGUGCAAUCGAUGCAAAUCGAUGAUCGGAAAAUCAAUCGAUCAAUCGAUGACAAUCGAUUAAUUACUGUUGACUAGCAUCGAUUGGCAUCAGCCAAUCGAUGAUCAAUCGAUAAUCACACUUAGGUGGUCGCGAACUUCACUGAUUGCCAUCGAUUGGCACUAAAUUCAUGUCUCCGUAUCUUCAGGUAUCGCGGAAGUGUACGCAGAUCGUAUAUUAUUUUGAAACCUCAGUAGCAAAGUUUGAGAAUUGUUCAUCGAUGUGGCUCCGUCAUGUUAAUUGAUCAAUUCCCAUCGAUUUAUCAAUUGAUAUUGAUAAUCAAUGAUAAUCAAUAAUCACAAAAAUUUUUGUGAUCGAUUGUCCAUCGAUUAUCAAUAUCAAUCGAUUAAUUGAUAUCGUUUGUCCUCGAUUGUUAUCGACUGCCAUCGAUUAUCGAUUUCAUCGAUUGUUCAGGUCCUACUUAUAAGGAACUACCGGUAUGUAUCGACCUGAUGAGAGCGAUCACAUUACAGCAUCACCAUGCCAUAAACAUAAAAAAAAUUCAUAAAACAUGUAAAAUUAAAUUAUUUCUUGUAUUAAAUUGUGUUUUUUAUCAUGAAAGGUGCUUAUUUAAAGAGCAUAGCGGCAACCAUUGAGAGUUUAGAAAAUAAGCUUAAUUGUAAGUUAUAUUAUAUAAAGUACAUGGCUCUUCCUGUGGGUGAGAAAUUUCAUUCAGUUCCUAAAGGUUGAUUUCCCAUGUCGUGUAAUUUUUACAUGUGUACAUGCAUAAAAUUUAUGUUCACAAAUAAAAUAGGGGCAAUGCAUGAAAGGUCGCUUGUAAGCACAAAAGUUGAACCUCACUCAACUUCUUGUUUAAUCUCAGCACUUUUUAUCUUGCCUCUAUUUUAUUUAUGUGAUUAAAAUUUACGUGCGUUAACGUGCAUAGCCAAAAACGCGUCAGUGGAUAUCCAGCUUAAGCAAAAUAGGAUAUUGUCUAAAUAACCAGCAGGCAUCUUCAGCAAGCGUCUUCUUUUUCUAGCCAUAAUGUUAUCCCAUAGGACACAGUUUUCCCUCACAUUUCCCCAACAUCUCGCCCUAGUUCUGCAGUGGUUGCAUGCAAAUCUUGGAGUAAAGCUACAAGUGUAAGAGAGUUUCUUCUUCAGAUGCAAUGGGCGAUUGCAGAAAAUAUCCAUACCUUACUACGGACGGCUUCCAUGUUUUAACCCCCCUCCACUUCAGAAUUUCCAAAAUGGGUUAUCCCCCCGUGCCCUCAGAAUUUCCCUUGGCAGAUCUACUUUAUGGAAGAUAACUCAUUUCAUACAAUGUCUAAGUUAGGACAUGAGUAGAUCCAUGUUGUCAUUAAACAGGGGCACCCAACGUCAAUUUUCGGAAAAUAUCUGUUUGGAAGACUAUUUGAGAUCUAGAAUUUUCGGAACAUUUGUUGUAAAAUUUCUUGCUUGCCUGCUUCUCCUAGUAUUUUCGAACAUCUAAAAAUGGUAUAAUUGGCCAAUUUUAACAGAUUUUUACCCUAAAAAGGUCACCUAGAAUUUUCGAGAGCCUUUUUUCUGGCUGAAAGUUUCGAAAAGGCAAGUUUUGCUCCCUAUAAUUUUCGGAUCACUAGACCUUCAGCUAGGAAGUCUGAACAGAUGAAAAAAUUUUAGGGGAUAAAAAUAUGCCUAUAUCUACCUUUGAAAUACUAAAAUACGUUUAACAAUGCUAUGUUUUAGUGGUUUUGAAAUAUAUUCUUGUUGGGUGCUCCUGAUUAAAGUUCUUCGUAUAUUCUAAGUAGCGUAGUGAACACUGCGAACAUAGGGAUCAGAGAAUGUGAGAGAGGUUAAAAGCAAUGGAAAAUCAUCAACCAUCAAGACAAGCAUGAUCGAUCAGCCCCAAUUUCUCCCUCUAUCUACAUUGUACAUGUAUAUGAUGGGAGGAAAUGAAAUGAAAUGUGAAGACUUUAACAAACAGAAUCAGUUUCUUGAUGGUAACUUCAAUGUGGGCCUUCAAGUAUGGUCAGAUUUCCAUGUCCAACCACCACACAUAAUGAUAACCAUGUCUCAGAACAGAAGUCGCAAGUAAUAGACUACGUUAUUCACAAUACCAGCUAUUUUUGCGUGCCCUUUUGUUUUGAUGGGAGAUAUUUGGGAGCUUAAGCAGAGGUAUUUUUGAGUGACACACUUCAACCGGAAAUGAGGUCUUUUCCCUUUUAAAUAUGUCUUGACACUUCAAAAUUCGUAUUGUAAAGUGUUUUAACUGUUGCAGAGACUGUUACUUGCCCAAACAUUUGGGCAAAACCACCACUCAAGAAUAAAAAAAAUCCAUAUUUUCCAGUUAAGGUGCAUUGCUCAAAAACGUCUUUGCUUAGCUCCAGGCUAUUGUCACUUACAGUGUAUCUGCCCCCUCAGAAACCAUUUCGCAUCAGUCCUUAAGUGGGUGCAAAGAUGGCAGGUGUUAGGAAUAAGGUCUAUUACUAAACCCAGGGUGCAAAGAAAAAUAUUUUUACAGCUUGCCAUUCAGGCAAGCUGAAGCUAGCAUUUACUAGCCCAGACAUCAUUUCAACUAGCCCCAAAAACUUUUUGACUAGCAGAAUUGAUUUCACAGUUCUUCUGUUAUUCGAAUUCCUCAAAAAACAUCACUUGCCCAUCAGGCAAGUUAAAAACAGAAUUCACUAGCCCGAUAGCAAAAUCCACUAGCCCCGGGCUAUCGCACACUACUUUCUUUGCACGCUGUAAACCACUAAUUCCUUGCACUUCGAAUGGUUACUCUUAGUCCCAAGAGAAACCAACAUCAAUUUUCUCCUAACAAUUAUCAAUACAUCACGAAAAGAAAAAGUUAUGAGAAUGAUUUAAUAAAAUGAUCACUUGGUGGAAAAAUAAUGGUUUGAUCUUUCAUUAAUUUCUCCCAAAUAACUCUUUAAGGAAAUCUUUGUUGAUCAGCCAGGAGAAUUUGUAAGGGGAUUUUGGGGCUUAACGGAGUAAGGGAAGCUUGACUGUGUUUACGUAUCUGAGUACAUGUAUACAGUUAUUUUGAGAAAGGUUGUCAGAAAAAGUGCACAUGACAAUCCCAAAGGGUGUUCUGAGUGGUUUUGAGUCCACUGUUCUUCAAAGAAAUUUGAAAGAAUGGCACUAGAGCCCAUGGACAUAUGUUUGGGAGUGCUAAAGGAAAGCAGCAAAAGUAAAUUCGACAGCUACAGUCGUCGUGUAUUGAUCAUAUCCCAUAUUACCUUUUGAGAUUGUCGCGUACACAUUUUUUCCGAAAACCUUUCCUCAAAAUACCUGUAUAUGUUGCAGGUCAAAUUUGAUUUCAGUUUGGAAUUUUUUCACCUAGUUGAUUCUUGAUUUCUCAUGGAAAUCAAGAAAACCCGGGGAAAAUGAGAAUUAAUCUUGGUUAAAUCAAAAUUAACCUGAAAUCAAAUUUUGAUAAACAGAAUGUAUCUCCAUUUUGUUUCUCCAUCUCUUCUUUGUAGACCAAAGAGGCAGGAGUGAGAAUGAAAAGAGCUCAGUUUGUAAAGAAUCAUCAUCAGCUGCAGCAAAUGAUGGAGGGACAGAAAGUCAUUUAACUGCAGAACUGAAACGAGAAGAUUCUCAAAUUUCCAGUCCUGCUUCAGAAGUUUCUAUGGAGACAAAAGCAGAAAGAACGCUUUCAGCACGAGCUGAAAUGGACACUUAUGAAGAAAUAAAUAAGAGCGAGGUUGCAUCACUUGACGACUGGGAGAAUGUUCACAAGUCAUGUCUGUCCGAGAUACCACCAGUUGAUCCUGAGGUAUUGAGAGACUUGGAGCUUAAGGCCGGUGACAUUGCCAGAAAUCUGGAUCACAUGCUUACAGCACUUGUGCAUACUUUAAAGGCAAUGUCACAAGUAAGCAUGGAAUGUCUUGGUGUGUAUAACUCUUGUGUGGAUCAUGUGAGUGAAACUGUAGAUGAGAACAUCAAAUCAAUGUACACUCUAAUUGCAAGGUGUGAAGAACUGAAUGCCAGCUUAAAACCUGUGCAAAACAUGGCAGAACAAGUGAAGGAGAUUAAGAAAACUUUGGAUGCCUUUGAGGCAAUUUGCAAAUAA